AUGUUCGACUGCGCCGAGGGAAGUCUGCGCCAGCUGAUCAAGAGCGUCGUGCGGGUGCCGCUCACCACCAAGCUCUUCAUCACGCACCUGCACGGGGACCACCUCUACGGCCUGCCUGGGAUUCUGUGCACGCUGGACAACCACAACGCCGAGUACAAGGACCCGCAGACGAAGGAGAGAGCGCCGCGACCUAUUGACGUGUAUGGGCCGUUGGGACUCUUUUCCUACUUGAACACGGCCUUCUCUACAAGCAGCACGAGGCUGACCAACUUGAAGAUCACGGUGCAUGAGCUGGUGUGCCCCGAGAUGCUGAGCAAGACGUCGGCACAUGAGAAGUUCAUGAGAAAUGCACCCAAGCAUCCUAGUCUGACGCGGAAGUGGGUCCACGCGGAGUCAGAUGGAAAUGGCGACGUGUGGAACGUGCUGGACGAUGGCAGGGUUAUUGUGAAAGCUGCCACGGUAAAACACACAGUCACUUGCUUCGGGUAUGUUAUUGAAGAGUAUCCAGUUCCUGGCAAGCUGAAUAUGGAUAAGCUACGAGAACGCGGUCUACCGCCUGGCCCGAAGUAUCGUACGCUCAAGCUUGGAGGAAGCGUUGAACUUCCGAAUGGCGAAAUCCUUCACGCGUCCGAGGUAACUGGUCCCAAGGCUCGUGGACGCAAAGUUGCCAUCCUCGGCGAUUCAGCCGACUCAUCGCGAAUCUCUCAUGGCAGGGCACGCAGCCAAGAAGAUGAAUGCGACGUUACUCGCUUUGACGCACUUUAG